AAAGAGUUUGCAGCAUUCCCAAUGACGCUUGCGCCCGCUACCAGUGAAUAUGACUACCUCUUCCGCAUGCUGCUCAUUGGGGACUCAGGCAACGCUAAUUGUUCCCACGCUAUCCGACUAUCCCAAAGGAAAACUUCAGGAGACAGGGACGGGCAAAGGGACGAUUUGGGAAAUCAAUUGUUCAGGUGUGGGCAAGUCCUGUUUGCUCCUUCGUUUUGCGGAUGACAGCUACAACGAGAACUUUGUGGCCACUAUCGGAGUUGACUUCCGAAUCCGCACCAUGAUGAUCGAUGGGAAGCGUGCGAAGACGCAGAUUUGGGACACUGCUGGACAAGAACGCUUUAGGACCAUUGCAGCGAGCUACUACCGUGGAGCCCACGGCAUCAUCGUGGCCUUCGAUGUCACAGACCGGGAGUCCUUCAGAAACGUGCGGCAAUGGAUGCAGGACGCGGACAAGACGGAAUCGAAUGAGAUUGACAAGUAUGCACCAGCUGUGGUGAACAAGAUGCUGGUGGGCACCAAGACGGAUCUGGUGUCUAAGCGCGUUGUGUCUGAGGAGGAAGCGAGGGAGCUCGCAGAAGAGCUAGGCCUACGCUACUUGGAGACCAGUGCAAAGCACGCGCACAAUGUCGACGAAGCUUUUCACGCCAUGGCGAAGGAGGUCAAAGACCGUGUGGCACGUCAAAAUCCAGACCCUUCCACUGGAACCAGGACAAUCCUUGGUCCUGGCCGACGUGUUCCUCACAUUGAGUGCUGCAGAUGA